GGGAGCGAGCGAGAGAGAGCGAGAGAGACGGCCAGCAGCUCCCCUCUGUGCACUCAGUCGGAGACAAUUACAGCGGAUAGUGCAGACAGAGCUAUCAGUCCAGUCCUGAAAGCUCAUUUUAUUUACGGUAAAAAUGUCGGCCAGACCAGGCUACUAUCGGCAGGAGCUGAACAAGACUGUAUGGGAGGUUCCCGAGCGGUACCAGAACCUGACUCCCGUGGGCUCGGGGGCCUACGGUUCGGUAUGCUCAGCAUAUGAUGUACGGCUACGACAGAAGGUUGCGGUGAAGAAGCUGUCUCGGCCUUUCCAGUCCCUUAUCCACAGCAGGCGCUCGUACCGGGAGCUCCGGCUACUCAAGCACAUGAAACAUGAGAAUGUAAUAGGACUACUGGAUGUAUUCUCCCCUGCUGCAUCGCUAGAGGACUUCCAUGAAGUAUACCUGGUAACUAAUCUGAUGGGGGCAGACCUGAACAACAUAGUCAAAUUCCAACGUCUCUCUGAUGAGCAUGUGCAGUUCCUUAUUUACCAGCUGCUCAGAGGCCUCAAGUACAUCCAUUCAGCAGGACUGAUCCACAGAGACCUGAAACCAAGUAACGUGGCAGUGAACGAGGACUGUGAGCUGAGGAUCCUUGACUUUGGAUUGGCCAGACAGACGGAUGAUGAGAUGAUCGGGUACGUGGCGACUCGCUGGUACCGAGCGCCAGAGAUCAUGCUUAACUGGAUGCACUACAAUCAGACAGUGGAUAUCUGGUCAGUGGGAUGCAUCAUGGGAGAGCUGCUGAAGGGGAAGGUCCUGUUUCCCGGCAACGACUAUAUCGACCAGCUGAAGAGGAUUAUGGAGGUGGUGGGCACGCCGACCCCUGACCUUCUACAGAAGAUCUCCUCUGAACAUGCUCAGAAAUAUAUCCAGUCUCUACCCUUCAUGCCCCAGCAGGACUUAGAGAAGAUAUUCAGAGGAGCCAACCCAAUGGCUGUGGAGCUACUGAAGCGCAUGCUGGUUCUGGACUGUGACGGGCGUAUCUCUGCCAGUGAGGCUCUCUCCCACCCUUAUUUCUCCCAGUACCACGACCCGGACGACGAACCAGAGGCCCUGCCUUACGACCAGACACUGGAGAGCAAGGACCGCACGCUAGAGGAGUGGAAAGAGUUGGUGUUCGAGGAGAUGAAUGGAAUCAAAGCGCCUGUCUCUGAGACGAGCAGUCUACAGGUGGAACAGUGAAAGACAAAACCUGCCUCCUUCUGCUUGGUCUGUCCCGUCAGCUGAGGAAGAACCGCCGUCUUGUCUCCAUCUGUCUGUCGGCGUUGGGGAGGCGGGAGGGUCUGAGAGAAAGAGAGACUGCGGGCCAAUCAGAGACGACGCUGUGUCCCCUAGAGGCAUGACACCCCUUCCCUUGCUCACUGUGACUGUCUAUUUGACUGCCUGUCAUGAGUUUUGUAAAAGGGGAGCAGGGAGAGGGGAGGUCUGGUUGAACUGAAAGGGAUGACAAUACGCACAUUACGAUUACAGGGAGAAUGUUUUGAUAUGUAUAUGUUUACAGUGUGUUGAAGGGAGGUAGGAGAGAGAGACAGAGAAGGAAAGUAGCACUAGGGUUUUCAAACCUACGUAAGGGUCCAACUGAUAAAUGGGGAUUGGCUACAGGUUACUUGAAAUCUUCGUCAUAAAGGCAUGUUAUAAGCAGUCAAAAUGGAUGUCAGUUUAGGU